AUGAGGGCUAAGAAUCCUCUUGCCUUUCGGCCAGGACCCGUGACUUUCUGGACCACUAUCAUAUAUAUCGCCCUUGCUAUCCCUCUCAUAUGGGUCCACGAGACUGUUCCUCCAGCUCCGGCCGAUCGCUCGCUGUAUCAGGGCCUCAAUCUUACUGAGGCGUGGUUAGAUUUGCAAGCCAUUAGUCGCACUUACCAUCCGUACAACAGUCAUGAGAAUGAUCGAGUUCGCGAAUUUCUCAUCAACCGCACAAAGGAGAUUCUGGAUCGAAACGACCUUUCUUAUACAAUAGAGAGCGUCGGUGGUGUAGACUGGCACUCAAGAGCCUCUUCUCUUGACAAACUAGAUUCCCUUGAUGCCCCCGAAGAGACAGUACAGGCAAAGCCUCGUGGAGCCACACUCUUUGACGACAGAAUCUCCAAUGUUUCCUGGACUUACAACACCGCUAGGCGCUUGGGCUCGAACAUCUCCAAGGGAACAUGGCUGGGACAGUACUUUGAAGGAAACAACUACUAUGUCUACAUCCACGGCCAAGAAGAUCCUGAAGGUGAAUGGUGGCGCGAUGAAUCCAAGUACAAGAAGUUCCGAGGCCAGGGAGGUGUCCUUGUCAACUGUCAUUUUGACUCCGUUUCCACCGGCUAUGGUGCUACCGACGAUGGAAUGUCUUGCGUCUCUAUGCUUCAGCUUCUGAGCUAUUUCACACUCAAAGGACGUCAGCCUAAGAAUGGCAUAGUUUUGCUCUUCAACAACGCUGAGGAGGAUGGACUUCUCGGCGCCAGAGCUUUCGGUUACAGUCCUUUAUUGCAUUUCACCCAUACAUUUGUCAACCUCGAAGGUGCUGGAGCAGGCGGUCGAGCUCUACUUUUCCGUACUACUGAUUUGCAGGCUGCCAAAGCAUACUCCAAGAGCCCCCAUCCGCUCGGAUCCGUUGUUGCUGCCAAUGCCUUUGAAAGAGGCGUCAUUAAGAGCGCAACCGAUUAUGAGAUCUUCGCAGACAUUUUCGGACAGCGUGGACUUGAUAUCGCCUUUUAUGCGCCUCGUGCUCGCUAUCAUACGAACCAGGACGAUGCCCGGCAUACAUCUGUUAACAGCAUCUGGCACAUGCUCUCAGCUGCUCUUGCUUCAACAGAGCACCUGUCGAAAACGACUGGUACCAUCUUCAACGGUGAUCGAUCUGAUGGUAACUCGGAUCUCGUUCAAAACGGAAAGCAGGCUGAGGGCGUCUGGUUCGAUAUUUUCGGAUCUGCAUGGGCCGUAUUCGCACUCAGAGGACUCUUUGCAUGGUCGUUAACGCUCCUUGUCGCUACUCCUCUCGUCCUUAUUGGCUUCACGUAUAUCCUAGUACGUAACGACAAGUACUACUUCUUCGCCCGAGAUAUCAAGAUGCACUACGACAUUAACGAUGAUCCCGUCACGAUGGGUGGGUGGAAGGGCUUCUUCCGUUUCCCCUUUGCGCUCGCCUUUGCUGGCGCAUUAACUAUUGCAGCCACGCUUUUGGUUGCUAAGUUCAACCCACUGAUCAUCUACAGCAGUGGCUACGCUGUGUGGUCCAUGACUCUGUCUAUCUUCUACUUCUCAUUCUGGCUCAUCAUGCGUGGAUCUGCUUUCGUCCGCCCAAGUGCCUUACACCGAGGCUUCGUGCUUGUUUGGCUUUUCGCUCUCGGUUGGGGCAUACAGGUUGUCUGUGCCGUGGCAGAGGAUCGCAUGCACAUCGGUGCUCUCUAUCCGACCGUCUUCUUCCAAUCCGCCAUAUUCCUGGCUUUGCUGAUUUCCCUAUUGGAGCAGUUUGCUCUGCUUAGCAAGCACGACUUUGCUCUGCAGCUCCAUGAUGCGCAUCAGGCGCGCGAUGUUUCGAGCCGAGGUACUGAACAAGAAUCAAGGUCUCACACAGAGAAUGAACCUGCCCAAGCUGAGGCUGAGGACGGUGAUGACGGCGAUGAAGAUGCGACCGAGACUACGCCUCUUAGAGCUAAUGAAUCUGGCUACGGCUCCAACGCUCCGACAUCAUUCGCCAAUACAUAUCGUCGUUCAGUUGCCGAGAACUCACCUUCUCCGCCUAGUAUGCGACGAUACCAGCCUUUUGAGCAUGAGCAGAGUUGGUCUGGACGCCUUCCUACUUGGACUUGGAUCCUCCAAUUCCUGCUUUUGGCUCCAGUCCCCGUGAUUCUGUUUGGCAAUCUCGGACUAGUUGUGAUGACUGCUACGCAGAUGACAGGUACUGACGGCGGUAGUCUCCUCGUUCCUGUUCUGUCCCUGGGCAUUCUCAGCAUCUUCCUAUUGCUGCCGCUCACGCCGUUCAUGCAUCGAGUCACCCACCAUGUACCCAUGUUCUUGUUCUUUGUCUUCAUUGGCACCUUGGUCUACAACCUGGUGGCAUUCCCAUUCUCUGCCAACAACCGCUUCAAAUUUUACUUCCAACAGGUAGUAGAUCUUGAUAACGGUACUGACACAGUCUCAAUCGUGGGCAUUGAGGACUAUGCGCGCUCGGUCAUUGGUUCCCUGCCAAGUACCACGGGACAGGAGAUCAAAUGCCAGCCGGCUGUUGGACGAGAUCUGACGGACUGCCAGUACGACGCUUCUUCUCUGACACCCAACUUGUACAAGGACAAGUCCCCCAAGCAGUUGGUCUCAAUCGAGACGGUCGACGGCAGCAAUGAAUCGAAAGCAAGACUUAGAAUCGACGCUCUUGAUUCCAGACUUUGCUAUGUUCGCACAUCUCGGCCGAUCUACGGAUUUGCCGUUGAUGGUGCAAGCGCACGAGACCCUCGUUUUGGAAAGUUCCCAUCGGAGGGUUUCAGCAGUGUACAGCUCUGGCGACGUGAUCGCGACCGGCCUUGGACCUUGAAUCUUUACCUCAACGAGCGCAACUCGUUGGCCGCAGCGGCAGAAUCGGAACAAGGAGAGAGCAAGAUAGUGGAAGACGGAGAACUAAAAACCAGAUCGGCAAACCAGUCAGCAGAUCGUCUCGAAGUAACAGUCAGCUGCGCAUACAGCGACGCCAACACCCCUGGCACGAUUCCGGCUCUUGAUGAACUUCUCAAGUACAUGCCUGCAUGGGCAGCAGUCACCAAGAAGAAUGUGGGACUUGUAGAAGUUCGCAAGACUCACAAAGUUUAA